AUGAAGAUUCGGUUACAUUCAGCAUUUGCUGCUGUAUGUGCAGCAUUCCUCUUAUCUUCGAUAGAGGCAGAAGUUGAACCACCUUCAGACUUGAAUUUUAAAAUUAUAGAUGAAAAUACUGUUCAUAUGUCAUGGGCAAAACCAGUUGAUCCCAUAGUGGGUUACAGAGUAACAGUGGAUCCUACAACUGAUGGGCCUACAAAAGAAUUUACCCUUUCUGCUAGUAAUACCGAAACUUUAUUGUCAGAUCUUAUACCUGAGAUAGAGUAUGUUGUGACAAUAACUUCAUAUGAUGAAGUUGAAGAAAGCGUACCAGUUAUAGGCCAACUGACAAUUCAAACAGGUGGUCCAGUAGAUCCAAAGGAGAAGAAACCUGGACAAACUGAGAUACAAAAAUGUUCUCUCAGCGCCUGGACGGAUUUAGUUUUCCUAGUGGAUGGCUCAUGGAGUGUGGGGAGAAACAAUUUCAAAUACAUCUUAGACUUCAUUGCUGCCCUUGUGUCUGCUUUUGAUGUUGGGGAAGGAAAGACCAGAGUUGGUGUUGUUCAGUACAGCUCUGAUACCAGGACGGAAUUUAACUUAAAUCAGUAUUACCAAAGGAAAGAUCUUCUUGCUGCAAUUAAAAAAAUACCAUACAAAGGUGGCAAUACAAUGACAGGAGAUGCUAUUGAUUAUUUAAUUAAGAAUACUUUUACGGAAUCAGCUGGAGCAAGGGUUGGCUUCCCUAAAGUGGCAAUUAUUAUCACGGACGGCAAAUCUCAGGAUGAAGUAGAAAUUCCAGCAAGAGAACUUCGGAAUAUUGGUGUUGAAGUUUUUUCCUUGGGUAUCAAAGCUGCAGAUGCAAAAGAACUCAGACAAAUUGCCUCCCCACCUUCACUCAAGCAUGUUUUCAAUGUGGCUAACUUUGAUGCAAUUGUAGAUAUUCAGAAUGAAAUCAUUUCUCAGGUGUGCUCAGGGGUUGAUGAACAGCUGGGUGAAUUGGUCAGUGGAGAAGAAGUUGUAGAACCUCCUUCAAAUCUGAUUGCCACUGAUAUAUCAUCAAAAUAUGUUAAGCUCAGUUGGGAUCCAUCACCUAGUCCCAUAACAGGCUAUAAAGUACUUCUCACACCAAUGAUACCAGGAAGUAAGCAGCAAGCUUUAAGUGUGGGUCCUCAGACUACCUCUUUAAAUGUAAGAGACCUUUCUGCAGAUACAGAAUAUCAGAUCAGUGUCUAUUCCAUGAAAGGACUAACAUCCAGUGAACCCAUUUCAAUAAUGGAAAAGACCCAGCCAAUGAAAGUUCAAGUGGAAUGCUCCCGCGGUGUAGAUAUAAAAGCCGAUAUUGUGUUUUUGGUUGACGGCUCUUACAGCAUUGGAAUUGCCAAUUUUGUUAAAGUUAGAGCAUUUUUGGAGGUUCUUGUGAAAAGCUUUGAGAUUUCACCCAACAGAGUACAGAUCAGCCUUGUGCAAUACAGCCGGGACCCCCAUACUGAGUUUACUUUGAAAAAAUUUACCAGAGUUGAAGACAUCAUUGAGGCUAUUAACACAUUCCCCUACCGAGGUGGAUCCACAAAUACGGGCAAAGCCAUGACCUAUGUGAGAGAGAAAAUAUUUGUGGCUAGCAAAGGAUCACGGAGCAAUGUACCAAAGGUCAUGAUUCUUAUUACUGAUGGCAAAUCAUCAGAUGCCUUUAGAGACCCUGCUAUAAAACUGAGGAAUUCGGAUGUUGAAAUCUUUGCAGUUGGUGUCAAGGAUGCAGUUCGUUCUGAAUUGGAAGCUAUUGCCUCUCCCCCUCCUGAAACUCAUGUGUUCACAGUGGAAGAUUUUGAUGCUUUCCAAAGAAUAUCAUUUGAACUCACUCAGUCUAUCUGCCUUAGAAUUGAACAAGAAUUGAAAGUUAUAAAGAAGAAAUCUUAUGUACCACCAAGGAACCUGAACUUUUCUGAUGAGACUUCAUAUAGUUUCAAAGUCAACUGGUCUCCAGCUGGAGAUCAUGUUUUUACCUAUCAUAUCACAUACAAGGAAGCUCCUGAUGGUGAAGAGCACACUGUUGUAGAGCCUGCUUCCAGUACUAGUGUUGUUCUGGAUCACUUAAAGCCAGAAACCUUGUACUUAGUCAAUGUGACAGCAGAGUAUGAAGAUGGUUUCAGUGAUCCCUUAACUGGAGAAGAAACAACUUUGGAAGUGAAAGGUGCUCCUCGUAACUUAAAGGUGACAGAUGAAACCACAGAUAGCUUUAAAAUUGCCUGGACUCAAGCCCCAGGGAAAGUCCUAAGAUACCGGAUUGUGUAUAGGUCAAUUCCUGGUGGACCAAGACAAGAAGUCACAGUUCCAGCAAAUGAAAGAAGAAAGACACUUGAAAACUUGACCCCAGAUACAAAAUAUGAAGUAUCUGUUAUCCCUGAGUACUUUUCUGGUCCUGGAAGUCCACUGACUGGAAAUGCAGCUACUGAAGAAGUUCGAGGAAAUCCGAGAGAUCUGAGAGUUUCUGACCCUACGACAUCAUCAAUGAAGUUAUCUUGGAGUGCAGCACCUGGAAAAGUCAAACAGUACCUUGUAACUUACACUCCAGUGGCAGGAGGUGAAACCCAAGAGGUAACUGUGAGGGGUGAGACAACCAGCACCCAACUGAAGGGCUUGGACCAAGGCACAAAAUACUCCUUGUCAGUGACUGCCCUGUAUGCCUCUGGAGCUGGCGAUGCCCUUUCUGGAGAAGGAACAACACUGGAAGAACGAGGUUCUGCUCGGGACUUGAUUACUAAAGACAUCACUGAUACUUCCAUUGGAGCAUAUUGGACAUCAGCUCCAGGGAUGGUUCGUGGUUACAGAGUCACAUGGAGAUCCCUUUAUGAUGAUGUUGAGGCUGGAGAAAAGAGUGUUCCUGGAGAUGCAAUUCACACUGUGAUAGAAAAUCUACAGCCAGAGACCAAAUAUAAGAUUUCAAUAUUUGCUACCUACAGCAGUGGGGAAGGGAAUCCUUUGACUGGAGAAGCUACAACUGAAUUAUCUCAAAAAGCAAGGACUCUGAGAGUUGAUGAUGAGACUGAAACAACAAUGAGAGUCACGUGGCAACCAGCACCUGGUAAAGUUGUGAACUAUCGUGUCGUGUACAGGCCUCGAGGAGGAGGAAGACAGAUGGUGGCCAAAGUGCCACCCACAGUCACAUCGACUGUGCUGAAACGACUUCAGCCUCAAACCACAUAUGACAUCACAGUGCUUCCAAUUUACAAGACAGGGGAAGGAAAGCACAGGCAAGGAUCAGGAACCACAUUAUCCAAAUUCAAAAUGCCCAGGAACCUCAAAACAUCUGACUCAACCAUGUCAAGCUUUAGAGUCACUUGGGAACCAGCGCCUGGGGAAGUUAAAGGCUACAAAGUCACUUUCCAUCCUACAGGAGAUGAUCAGAGGCUUGGGGAAUUAGUCGUUGGUCCCUAUGACAAUACUGUUGUUUUGGAGGAACUUAGGGCAGGCACAACCUACAAAGUGAAUGUUUUUGGAAUGUUUGAUGGAGGAGAAAGUUCACCACUGAUUGGACAAGAAAUGACAACUCUUUCAGAUUCAACUGUUAUACCAUUUUUGUCCAAAGGAAUGGAGUGUUUCACCAGAGCAGAAGCUGACAUUGUACUGCUGGUGGAUGGUUCUUGGAGUAUCGGACGGGCUAAUUUUAAAACCGUCAGGAGUUUCAUUUCACGUAUUGUUGAAGUCUUUGAGAUUGGCCCCAAAAGAGUACAAAUCGCCCUUGCUCAGUACAGUGGGGAUCCCAGAACAGAGUGGCAGCUGAAUGCUCAUAAAGACAGAAAAAGUCUGUUGGACGCAGUGGCUAACCUACCAUACAAGGGAGGCAAUACACUGACAGGAAUGGCUUUGAAUUUUAUUCGCCAAAACAACUUUAGGCCACAGGUUGGCAUGAGACCUCGAGCUCGCAAAAUUGGUGUUCUCAUCACUGAUGGAAAAUCACAGGAUGAUGUAGAAGCUCCUUCAAAGAAACUAAAGGAUGAAGGAGUAGAACUCUUUGCUAUUGGUAUUAAAAAUGCAGAUGAGUCUGAGUUAAAGAUGAUUGCAACGGAUCCAGAUGAUACUCAUGCAUACAAUGUAGCUGACUUUGACUCACUUUCAAGGAUUGUAGAUGACCUCACUAUUAACCUGUGCAAUAGUGUCAAAGGUCCAGGUGACUUGGAAGCACCUUCUAAUCUUGUGAUAUCUGAGGUAACCCACCGUUCCUUCAGAGUGAGCUGGACACCCCCAUCAGACAGUGUGGACAGAUACAAGGUGGAAUAUUAUCCAGUUUCAGGAGGGAAACGCCAAGAAUUUUAUGUGAGCCGCCUGGAAACUAGUACAGUGCUCAAGGAUCUAAAACCUGAAACAGAGUAUGUUGUUAAUGUGUACUCUGUAGUUGAAGACGAAAAUAGUGAACCUUUGAAGGGCACUGAAACGACCUUGCCAGUCCCUGUUGUUUCCCUGAAUAUUUUUGAUGUUGGACCAACUAAUAUGCGAGUGCAAUGGCAGUCAAUUGGUGGAGCUACUGGUUACUUCUUGUCCUAUAAGGCAGUCAAUGCUACAGUACCCACAACUCCCAAAGAGAUGCGUGUUGGACCAUCAGUGACAGAUACACAGCUGGUUGACCUCAUUCCCAAUACUGAAUACACUGUAACUGUCCAGGCAGCAUUGUACGAUCUCACCAGUGAUCCAGCCACUGCCCGGGGAGUAACUUUACCCUUACCUCGUCCUAGAGGUUUGAAACUUACAGAUGUUACCCAUAGCAGCAUGAAUGUCAUCUGGGAUCCUGCUCCUGGCAAAGUACGAAAAUAUAUUGUUAGCUAUAAAACGGAAGAAGAUGAUGAUGUAAAACAGGUGGAAGUAGAUAGAUCAAGGACAAAGACCUCUCUUGGUGAUCUGAUUUCACAAACUCUCUAUACUGUCAAUGUUGUAGCAGUGUAUGAUGAAGGGGAAUCUCCUCCAGUGACUGCUCAAGAAACUACACGUCCUGUGCCUGCACCAAUUAAUCUGAGACUUACUGAAGUCACACCAGAUAGUUUCAGAGGAACAUGGGAUCAUGGAGCUUCUGAUGUAUCUCUCUACAGAGUGACAUGGUCACCUUAUGGAUCCAUGGAAAAAAUGGAGACUAUCUUAAAUGGUGAUGAAAAUACUUUGGUUUUUGAAAAUCUGAACCCAAACACACUCUAUGAAGUUUCAGUUACUGCUAUUUAUCCUGAUGAAUCAGAAAGUGAUGACCUUACUAGUAGUGAGCGAACAUUGCCUGCAAUACCUGUAACUACUCUAGCUCCAAAAAGUGGUCCACGAAACCUACAGGUUUAUAAUGCAACAUCCAAAAGCUUGACUGUUAAGUGGGAUCCUGCAAGUGGACGUGUACAGAAAUACAGGAUCACUUAUCAGCCUUCCACGGGGGAUGGCCCUGAACAAACGACCACCAUAGGAGGAAGGCAGAACAGCGUGGUUCUACAGAAACUGAAACCAGACACACCAUACUCAAUUACUGUUUCAUCUCUAUAUUCUGAUGGUGAAGGAGGAAGGAUGACUGGCCGGGGCAAGACCAAACCUCUCAAUACUGUGAAGAACCUGAGGGUAUAUGAUCCUUCCACCAGUACUUUGAAUGUUCGAUGGGAUCAUGCUGAGGGCAAUCCUCGCCAGUAUAAAAUUUUCUAUGCACCAACUGCUGGUGGUCCAGAGGAGAUGGUAACAACUCCAGGGAACACCAAUUAUGUUAUUUUGAGGAAUCUGCAACCUGACACCCUUUAUACAGUAACGGUAGUUCCAGUUUAUACUGAAGGGGAUGGGGGACGCACUUCAGACACUGGAAAAACAUUGGUAAGAGGCCUGGCAAGAAAUGUCCAAGUAUACAAUCCCACGCCAAAUACCCUUGAUGUUCGCUGGGAACCUGCACCCGGACCUGUCCAGCAGUACCGUAUUGUGUAUUCUCCUCAGACUGGCACCAGGCCUUCGGAAUCUAUCACAGUACCAGGAAAUACCCGCACAGUGCACUUGGAGCGCUUGACUCCAGAUACGCCCUAUUCUGUGAACAUUGUGGCUGUGUACUCAGAUGGAGAGGGAAAUCCCAGCCCUGCUCAGGGCCAAACAUUACCACGAGGUGGACCAAGAAACAUGAAAGUCUUUGGAGAGACAACCAAUAGCCUUUCUAUUUCCUGGGAUCAUGCUGAUGGACCUGUUCAGCACUACAGGAUCAUUUAUUCUCCUACUGUUGGUGAUCCAAUUGAUGAAUAUACCACAGUACCUGGAAGAAGAAAUAAUGCAAUAUUACAGCCCCUGCAGACAGAUACUCCAUAUAAAAUUACUAUUGUUGCUGUUUAUGAAGAUGGGGAUGGUGGACAUUUAGUAGGAAAUGGAAGAACUGUUGGACUACUCCCUCCUCAGAACAUACAUAUCACUGAUGAAUGGUAUACUAGGUUCAGGGUUUCCUGGGAUCCUUCACCCUCUCCUGUUCUUGGUUACAAAAUUAUCUAUAAACCAGUAGGUUCUAAUGAGCCCAUGGAAGUAUUUGUUGGGGAAGUGACAUCAUACACACUGCACAAUCUGAACCCCAGCACCACGUACGAUGUGAAUGUUUAUGCUCAGUAUGAUUCUGGGCUCAGCAUACCACUGACUGAUCAAGGCACCACAUUAUACUUGAAUGUGACUGAUCUGACAACUUACCAAGUAGGAUGGAAUACCUUCUGUGUUAAAUGGACUGCUCACCGGGCUGCCACCUCUUACAGACUGAAGUUAAAUCCAUCAGAUGGAACAAGAGGACAAGAAAUCACAGUCCGUGGAUCAGAAACAAGCCACUGUUUCAAGGACCUUUCACCAGACACUGAUUAUGGAGUCACUGUCUUUGUUCAAACACCAAAUCUUGAGGGACCAGGAGUUUCUGUUAAAGAACACACAACGGUUAAGCCAACAGAAGCCCCAACAGAGCCUCCAACACCUCCUCCUCCUCCUACAAUCCCACCAGCUCGGGAUGUAUGCAAAGGUGCCAAGGCAGAUAUUGUAUUCUUGACCGAUGCUUCUUGGAGUAUUGGUGAUGAUAAUUUCAACAAAGUUGUGAAAUUUAUUUUCAAUACUGUGGGAGCCUUUGAUCUAAUUAGUCCUGCUGGAAUUCAGGUUUCAUUUGUUCAGUACAGUGAUGAAGUAAAAUCAGAAUUCAAAUUGAAUACCUAUGCUGACAAGGCUCAGGCACUUGGGGCUCUUCAAAAUAUUCGGUACAGAGGUGGAAAUACAAGAACAGGGAAGGCCUUGACAUUUAUCAAGGAGAAGGUUUUGACUUGGGAGAGUGGUAUGAGAAAAGCUGUCCCUAAGGUACUUGUGGUGGUCACAGAUGGUCGGUCACAGGAUGAGGUCAAGAAGGCUGCUUUAGUCAUUCAACAAUCUGGUUUCAGUGUCUUUGUAGUUGGUGUAGCUGAUGUGGAUUAUAAUGAACUUGCAAACAUUGCCAGCAAACCAAGUGAACGCCAUGUUUUUAUUGUGGAUGACUUUGAGUCUUUUGAGAAGAUUGAAGACAAUCUAAUAACUUUUGUUUGCGAAACUGCCACUUCAAGUUGCCCUCUUAUUUAUUUGGAUGGAUACACUUCACCAGGUUUCAAGAUGCUGGAAGCCUAUAAUUUAACAGAGAAGAACUUUGCUACAGUACCAGGAGUAUCCCUGGAGUCAGGAUCUUUUCCCAGCUAUACAGCUUAUAGACUCCAAAAGAAUGCCUUUGUGAAUCAGCCUACAGUACAUGGUGACCUUUAUGUCACCACUGGGAAUCUGCUGGAGGGUCUUUUCCAUUUCGAUUAUUGUGUUCAUAUUGUGGUUACUUCAAAAAGUGUUAAGCUUUAUAUAGACUGCUAUGAAAUUAUAGAGAAAGACAUCAAGGAAGCUGGGAACAUCACAACUGAUGGUUAUGAAAUUCUUGGAAAGCUCAUUAAAGGUGAAAGGAAAUCAGCCGCGUUCCAAAUCCAGAAUUUUGACAUAGUAUGCAGCCCAGUGUGGACCAGUAGAGACAGAUGCUGUGACAUCCCUUCUAGGAGAGAUGAAGCAAAAUGCCCAGCUUUUCCAAAUGCUUGCACAUGUACCCAGGACAGUGUUGGACCUCCUGGACCACCCGGACCAGCGGGAGGUCCUGGUGCUAAAGGUCCCAGAGGAGAGAGAGGAAUUAAUGGAGCAAUUGGACCCCCAGGUCCUCGUGGUGAUUCAGGUCCUCCAGGUCCUCAGGGUCCUCCAGGUCCUCAGGGACCUAAUGGACUUUCAAUUCCAGGAGAACAAGGUCGACAAGGGGUCAAAGGUGAUGCAGGAGAGCCAGGACUUCCUGGCAGAUCAGGCUCACCAGGUUUACCUGGCCCACCAGGCCCCAUGGGACCCCCAGGAGAUAGAGGCUUUACAGGAAAAGAUGGUGCAAUGGGACCCAGAGGCCCCCCUGGACCACCGGGCAGCCCAGGGUCUCCAGGAGUCACAGGUCCCAGUGGAAAACCAGGAAAACCAGGAGACCACGGAAGACCAGGCCCAUCUGGACUGAAAGGAGAGAAAGGUGAUAGAGGAGACAUUGCUUCCCAGAACAUGAUGAGAGCAGUUGCAAGACAAGUCUGUGAACAACUGAUCAGUGGUCAAAUGAACAGAUUCAAUCAAAUGCUGAACCAGAUUCCAAAUGAUUAUCAUUCAAAUCGCAACCAGCCUGGACCCCCUGGCCCACCAGGUCCUCCAGGAAGUGCAGGAGCAAGAGGAGAACCUGGACCUGGGGGAAGACCAGGGUUCCCAGGCACUCCAGGGUUGCAGGGACCACCUGGAGAUCGAGGAUUACCAGGGGAAAAAGGGGAAAGAGGCAUUGGAUCUCAAGGACCCCGAGGUUUGCCUGGACCACCUGGGCCCCAAGGAGAAUCCAGAAUGGGUCCACCAGGAUCUACAGGCUCAAGAGGUCCUCCUGGCCCACCUGGUCGUCCUGGAAAUUCAGGUAUUCGGGGUCCAGUCGGUCCACCUGGAUACUGUGAUUCAUCCCAGUGUGCCAGCAUCCCUUACAAUGGUCAAGGAUACCCAGAGCCUUAUGUGCCUGAAAGUGGACCCUAUCUCCCUGAGCGUGAGCCCUUCAUAGUACCAAUGGAGCCAGAAACGACAGCAGAUGAGUAUGAGGACUAUGGAGCUGAUAUGCCAUCAGAAGGAUACCCUCCCCAGAUGCGCCAGAAAAGAUCGUUAUCGAGGAAACCAAGGAAAAUAAGAUCAUGAAAUCCAUCUUUCUUUUCUUGAUGCAGGGAUGGGGUGGGGUGGGACAGAUGGGAAUGGGUGGGGAGGGAAGUUGGAAUUUUCAUUUGGGUCGUGUUCACGUUUGCAGGGCUGACAGAAUAUGCCCCCCCUUUUUUUUCUGUGAUAUUUCCUCCUCAGCAUUUCCCAAUGAUGAAACACGCCCUGACUGUCUGGCACCAUGCUUCGGCAGGUUGUGUCUUAGGUGGGAUGGGAUCUAUAGAAAUAGGUUUACUUUUGAAAAGCUUGUAAAAUACUUUGCUUUUGCAGAUACUGGUUUGAAUUUGAUGUCCAGCUAGCCCACUGUAGCGAUGAAAAUGAAGAAAAAAAUUAAGUCUCCAAGCUUGUAGCUGCUAUGUAGUUUUGGGGUGGGGAGGGGCGGCAAUCUUGAUUUUUUUAGAAGUAGUCACUUUCCUAGGACUAUUUCCCCUAUCAACUGCUUAUUUACAAUUUAGUCACUUCACAAUUCAUGUUACUGCCCUAAUAAAAAAAGAAAAACAAAAAGCAACUCCAUUGCCAUUAUUUAUCUUAUUUUUCUAUCGUCAGUUAUAUUUUAGGGCAUAUACUGCUCUUAUACAUCUCCUUUACCAACCACAAACCUUAAGUAAUGUAGCUGAAACCAUUGUAUCAACUGGGUGCAGUUUUAUAAUGCCUUCAAUCUCCUUGAUUUAGACACAUUAACAUUUAUGCCAAAUUGCAGACAAUCCUGCAGAGAUGGAAUUGCAUGUUUGUGUUGUAUAUUUAGUAUGGAUUUUUUUUUCAGAAUAUAAUGUUUCCUAGUUAUCAAAAGCAGUUGGAAAAUGUUUGCAAGACUAUGGAAAUAGAAUUGCUGCUUUUAUAUUUUAACUGCAAAUUGUGAAUUUCUUUGCCUUAUAUUAUUUAUUUCUGAAACAAAAGAGGCAUUUUUCAAUAAAACUACUGAAAAUCUGA